ACACCCACACAGAAGAAAUUCUCAGAUCAAAGAAUCAUCUGUAUUCGUUGUUCAGCCAGUAACAGAAUCACAACGCAACACACACAUGAACCAUGCCCAUUUUGUGAUGUUGGAUGGCUCUUCAUAGAUUGAUCCAUAGUGUUGCUAAAUAAUGACUGACUGAUAAAGAAUAACAAGCUACUGUUUCACCAGAACUGGUGAACUAUUUGGUUUUCAUUUGUUAAAGCACACAAAUUUAAACUAAUGCCCGAUGAUGCCUAGUCUGUCUGUUUGAUUACAAACACUCCAGUUUGCAUUCAGACUUGUCUCACAUAUUAAUCAACACCAUUUGCAGCUUAUUAAAGAGCUGAAGAGACUUUGUCAUUGCAUUACCACUCGCUGCCAGGUUGAGCCUUGUUUCCAGGGAAACAGAAAAUCAGAAGCUUUCGAUACUCAGAGACAACGCUGAAAUCCAAAGACCUCCAUCUACAGCGGAGGAUUCUAGAAAACAAACCUGCCUUCUUCAGCACCCACAGGAGAAGUAGGAGCUUCAAAAAGAGAAAUGAACAUGCAUUGGAUCCGAUACACGUUGUUUUUCUCGAGUGGGAUGUAAACAUGAACAGGGUUACUAGUCAACACUAGGAUUGCAGAAAAUGUGUACAACUCAGGGACGACACAAAAACUCCAAGGAGACCCCCAACUCCACAUGAACAGAAACUCAUGUUCUCACCCUGAGUGUUUUGGAAAAUCAGCUCAAAAAUUAUCUCUGGUAUAGGUUAUGCCUGUGUGACCCUUGUGAAGGACAACAUGAUGGAUAACAAACUGCCUGAAGCCUGCAAACAUACAAAAACGGUGGCCCUUGAAGAGAUCCAUACUGACUCCCAGACCGCUGUGACCAAAGCUGAUCAGGUUCACGCAACAGUACUGAGUUGUUCAACAGUAGUGGUGGAUUUAAGCCCUGGAUCAGGUGAAGGACCCACACGUAGGGAACGCUUUAAAUCAGACUUGCAACAAGCUAGCCAAGAAAUCACAAUACUGGUCACCAAUCAUGAGUCACCAGAGACAGAAAUGGAGGAAGCUGAGUGGAGUGGAGAAAGUGAAACCAAUCCUGAGUGUAUGGUGCCAAGUGAGGAGGACAGUUUGGAUGUAUCCAUGGUGGUGGCAGACUUGAUAGAGCUCAGCCAAAUGCAACAGACCUGUUUGAUCAGCAAUAGUUCAGCAGAGCAAGGCACCAGUUCAGGUGGGCAUAACUUACCCGAGACAGAUGCAGAUGGAAGCAGAGAAAGCCACAAAGAAGAAACACAACCUAAAAGUCAACAGGAGACUACAGUCUCUGGAGCCAACAAAUCCCAAUCUGCGGAGGGAGUCAUUUUGUCUGACUCAAAGGAUCCUAAGAGGUCAGAAAAGACAGUGAGCAAUGUGGCACUGAAGCAAGUGGAAUCCUUGGAGAACAGAGACUCAGACGGGGACCUAUUACCCAGGCAACAACAGCAUAUACAGACACAGGUCAGUCUGGAGGUCGUAUACCACUCAGCAGCCACGAGCCCCAUGACCCCUCCUGAAGGUUCCACUGCUUUCUUCUUCCCGUACUGUGUUAACAAACUGGGAAAAAGUGAUGAGAGUGAAUCAGUUCCAGUGGAAACAAAGGAUGCUGAGCUCCAGGUGGGCAUGAAAGUGGAGUACCGAUCAGUUGCCACAGCUCCCAUGACACCCAUAUCGCCAAAUGCACCCGAAUUGCCAGUAGAGACUCGCUCAGUUGCCACAGCUCCCAUGACGCCUGUGGCAACAAAUGCACCAAAGCUACUGGUAGAAACCCGUUCAAUUGCCACAGCUCCCAUGACACCCAUUACAACAAUCGCACCUGAACUGCAGGUAGAGACUCGUUCAGUUGCCACAGCUCCAAUGACACCCAUUGCAACAGCUGCACCUGAACUACAGGUAGAGACUCGCUCAGUCGCUACAGCUCCCAUGACACCCAUAGCAACUACUGCACCUGAACUACAGGUAGAAACUCGAACAGUUGCUACAGCUCCUAUGACACCCAUAGCAACAGUUGCACCAGGACUACAGGUUGAGACUUGUUCAGUUGCCACAGCUCCCAUGACACCCAUUGCAACAACUGCACCUGAACUACAGGUAGAAACUCGCUCAAUUGCCACAGCUCCCAUGACACCCAUUGCAACGACUGCGCCUGAGCUACAGGUAGAGACUCGUUCAGUUGCCAUAGCUCCAAUGACGCCAAUAGCAACAGUCGCACCAGGGCUACAGGUAGAGACUCACUCAGUUGCCACAGCUCCCAUGACACCAAUAUCAACAACUGCACCUGACCUACAGGUAGAGACUCGUUCAGUUGCCAUAGCUCCCAUGACACCCAUAGCAACAGUCGCACCAGGGCUGCAGGUAGAGACUCGUUCAGUUGCCACAGCUCCCAUGACCCCUGUUUCAACAACUGCACCUGAACUACAGAUUGAGACUCGCUCAGUUGCUACAGCUCCCAUGACACCCAUUGCAAAAACUGCACCCGAACUACAGAUAGAGACUUGUUCUGUUGCCACAGCUCCCAUGACACCCAUAGCAACGAGGGCACCUGAGCUAAGGGUAGAAACUCGUUCAAUUGCCACUGCUCCCAUGACACCCAUAGCAACAAGGGCACCUGAUCUACGGGUAGAAACUCGUUCAAUUGCCACAGCUCCCAUGACACCCAUAGCAACAAGGGCACCUGAUCUACGGGUAGAAACUCGUUCAAUUGCCACAGCUCCCAUGACACCCAUAGCAACAAGGGCACCGGAGCUAAGGGUAGAAACUCGUUCAAUUGCCACAGCUCCCAUGACACCCAUAGCAACAAGGGCACCGGAGCUAAGGGUAGAAACUCGUUCAAUUGCCACAGCUCCCAUUAGUCCAAUCAUCUUACGCUCACCUGAGCUAAUUCCAGAGCCAGAGCCAAGAUCCAUGUCGGGCUCAGAGGGACCACCUGAGCCAGUACAGGAAGUGUGCUGGGAUGAGAAAGGUAUGACAUGGGAAGUCUAUGGUGCCAUGGUUGAGGUAUCUGUCCUGGGCUCGGCUAUCCAGAAGCACUUGGAGAAACAGGUUCUGAAGAAGCAAAUGAAACCCCCCGAUGCCACGUCCAAUCAAACUUUGCCUCCAAGCACCACAGACACUUCCACUCCCCUCCCUUCCAGCCCACCUGCUUUGUCAGCAUCUAGUCGGUGCAGCUCAGCAAAAGGUAGUAGGAAAAAGGAUGAGCGGAAAGGAGCAAGAGGCAGACAAAGGCGGAAUCCUUUUCGUUCAUUCUUCAGGAACUUCAGAAGGCCGAACUGCUGCUCCCGGGCACACUCUGAGUAGAGAUAUUGAAGAGACAGUGCUUUGAAAUUUCAAUAGUAAAAGAUUUAAACAAGUGGACCUGAUGACAGUCCAAUUUUUCUGUAGGUUUUGACUAUUGGCCAGUAGGUAUAGAUUUUGUCCAGUAAUAAGGUCCCUCUGACUGGCAAGCUCUCCCCAAUGGCAUGAUGUUUUUUUUUAUUAUUUUGUCUUACUGUGCUUCACUUGUGACAUAAUCCUAAAAAAUAUUUUAUUGAAGGGAUUAUGAACAACCUCAAAUGAUUGGUCAAAGGUCUUCAAGAUUAUAUUGCAAAUCCAGCUGCAAUGAUUUAAUGCUUCUGGGUAUCACAACCUUCACUGACCUUUCCAGUGCUGGACUCUUUCAAAUCACUCAUCCAGCAUCAAUGAUGGGUCAAAAUCAAUUUCCAGCAUCCCUAUAUAAGAGUGUGAUUUGUUGUACAAAUUGGGAUCAACCCGGUCAGUGAAACCUCAACAAGCUGACAGCAGCCUCCAAACAAGCUUAGCCACUGGAAGAUGGGGCAAGCUCACACACUUAUAGAUUGUUACUUAUCUUGCAUUUGGGGAGAGAACUACUGAUGUUAAACACUAUAUCUACCAUAUAAUAUACAUUCUUAGAAAAAGAGACUUCUUUAAAAGACGUUUGGAUACUUUGGAUAUUUCAGGGCUCUUCUUGAAACCCUCUCUGGUAGAGAAACACCAUUGCAGAAUCUUUAAUGGUUCUCCCAGAGAGAUCAAAUGAAGGACCCUUUAGGAUGCUAGAUCUAAAUUUUUUUAGGAGUGUAAUUAGCUUAGGAUUAGAUGAUAUACAAGUGCAUAGACAAUCCUAGCUUAGAUUUUUUUUUGUGUUGUUGUUGGUUUUUUUGUUGUUUUUUUGUUUUGCUUAGUAGUUAUUUUCAGUGCAUUUGAGCCUCUGCCACGUCACGUUUUAACUGUUUCACAGGUUUAAGUGUCCUUUACCCUAUGUUCACUCUACCAAAUGACAACUGGCGACUGCUCAUUGUCUAUGUAUGUGCAUGACACAGAUCUGUGAUUUCAGUGGCGGCAGUGAGCAACAAAACCACAGGAUGACCAAACUACAUUUGAAUUGAGAUUUUUUCAAUCCUACAGUCCUGCUCAACAUUAUUGGCACCCCUUUAUUUUUUGUAUAAUCUGUACAAUAUCUUCAGGAAUAAAUGAAAAUGUACCAAAAUUAUAUCAUCAGGAUUUUGUAAUUGGAGGUCCAAAGUAAUUAAACAAAACAUUGUUUUUCAACUUGCAUGUAGUAAUUUCAAAGAAGAAACAGGAAAAAACGGCAUGGGCAGCAAUAAAGGCACCCUUCCUUAAUAUUUAGUUGCACACCCUUUCGCAGCAAUGACAGCCUCCAAACAUUUCUUGUAGUCAUCUAUAAGCUUCUUGCAUUUCUCUGCUGUUAUUUUCUCCCACUCUUCCUUUGCAGUUUGUUCAAGCUCUUGAAUGUUUGCAGGGUUCUUUUCCCCAAUGGCAGCUUGCCCCAAAGAUUUUCAAUGGGAUUGAGAUCAGGACUCAUUGCUGGCCAUUUUAAAACAGUCCAUUUUUUCCUUUUCAACCAUUCCUGCGUGCUUUUGGAUGUGUGCUUUGGGUCUUUGUCUUGCUGGAGGUCCCAUGAUCUUUGACUCAAACCAAGUUUUCUUACACUAGGUAGGACAUUUCACUCUAAAAUCUCUUGGUAAUUCUCUGAUUUCAUGAUUCCUGUGAUACAGUCAAAGCCUCCAGUACCAGACGCAGCAAAGCAGCCCAACAGCAUUAUGGAUCCUCCACCAUGCUUAACUGUUGGUAGGGUGUUCUUUUCCUUAUAAGUUUCAUUGCGCCGUCUGUAAACAAACUGUUGGUGUGCACUGCCAAAAAGCUCUAUUUUUGUUUCAUCUGUCCACAGAACAUUUUCCCAGAACGAUUGUGGUUUGUCCAGGUACUCUUUGGCAAAGAUCAGUCGUUCCUUUUUAUGUCUUUUCUUCAGCAAUGGGGUCUUCCUUGGCCUUCGCCAUGAAGCCCUGCUUGGUUUAGUGUACGGCGUAUAGUACUUGUUGAAACCAUGACCCCAGACUGUUCCAGGUUGGCCUUCAGGUCUUUGGAUGUUAGACGUGGUGUUCUUUCCACCAUUCGCACCAACCUUUGAAGAGUUCUCUCAUCAAUUUUCUUCUUUCCCCUAUGUCCAGGGAGGUUCUUGACAGUUCCAUGCUUGGCAAACUUCUUAACAUUGCGCACUGUUGAAACAGGGAUACCAAGGUCUUUGGAGAUGGCCUUAUACAAUUUGGAGGUCUUGUGUUUGCUAAUUAUAGCACUUCUGAUGUCCUCAGACAGCUCCUUUGUCUUCACCAUUAUGACAAAGGAACAGGUAGUAACAUGUGGCUUUUUAAAACACUGAAGUCAUCAUUCAGUGGCUAAUUUAUGUCACAUGGGCACUGACAAUUUAUCACAGGUGAUUCUCAUUUGUGAUUUACCACAGGUGAAUCAAAAUGUAUUUCCAUACUGAUUUAUAGUAAAGGGUGCCAAUACCAGUGUCACAACAAGCUUUAAGUCUUUCUAUUUUUUCUCCCAUUGUUUUUUGUUUUAAAUUGUUGUUUAUCAUUUGCUCUUUUGUAUCAAACACAAGUUCUCUAUAGAAAAAAGCUGUUUGAUUAAUGAUUAAUUGAUUAAUUUUUUUCAGGAGAUAUUCUACAUUAUGUACUUAAACUUCAUGGGUGCCAAUAAUGGUGAGCAGGACUGUAUGUAAAUUGUAGUUUUGAAAGCAACAAACCCAAAGGAUUGGCUGAAAUGAUUCCUCUGACCAAUCCUAUGGCAGGUCUGGUCCAAUGUUUCUUCAAAAGGAAGAAAAACCUAUAACUGUUAUUUCAACUUAUCCUGUCAUAUACGACUUUUCAUUAAAUGUGAACAGAGACAUUAUGAAAAAAAUAAAGCUUGUAGCAGAGAUCAUUGGUUCCCCUGGUGCAUGUAUGUGGCUAGUAUAGUUAGCUUGCUUUGCUAAUCUGCCAAUGAAUCAAACAACCAAUUUUCACACUGAUUCGUGCAUUAUUUAAUUUGUGUUUAACUAGUUAGCUGUAGAAGCUAUAUAUAGCUAUUCUUGUAUCUCGGAAUGCUGGACAGGCCACACCCACUGCAGGCAACAGUAGCAGUCACCAGACACCCACAAGAGACUACUAGCAGCACGAGCGACUUGUUAAUUGCUAGUGUGAACGAAGGGUUAUGUACGUAUGUGGUGUAAUACUUUUUCUAUCAGAAUUAUCUGAACAUAUCUAAGAUGCUCUUAAGAAAGUAAACUUUAAAAUAGCAGUAAAGUAAAGUAAAGUAUGGUAUAUAUUAUAGUGUGAAGCAUACUUUAAUACUUUUCUACCUGUGAAUGCUCCUUGCCAGAAGUUUCAGAUGGAUUUCAUGGACAUGGACUUGGAGGAAAUGAAUCUAGACUGAUGCUGUGGAAACCUGAGAAAUUUAUUAAUGUGCUAUUUAAAACAGCCUUUGUUUGUCAUACCAUGUUUCUAUAGUCAUCGUGUAAUUGUGCUUCUGCUGAUAGUCUUGCACUCAGUGACAUCACAAGCAUACAUGUUACUGCAUAAAACAAUCAAGCUCCAACGCUCAUAUAGCUGGUGAGAGAUUAUCCUGUCAUCAUUAAACAUUUAUGAUUUCAAGUGCUUAAUUUUUAAUGAAAAAGUGCAUGUCAGGGCAUAAAUUAAUAUGAAUAAAGCAAAAUAAAUGAUGCUUUAAAUAUUUACAUUGCUACUACUCAAAAACAUAAUAAAGCUAUUCUCCAUGCGAUAGAAA